AUGGCGGAGGUGGCCAUCACAUCGGUCGACGUGAAGAACAACCCGGCGCCGUUCGCCGACGAGAUUGAGCUGGAGGUCCAGUACGAGUGCCUCACCGCCCUGAAAGAUGAUCUGGAGUGGAAAGUGAUCUAUGUAGGAUCUGCAGAGACCGAGGAGCACGACCAGGUCCUCGACACAGCCUUUGUGGGGCCGGUCCAGCCCGGGGCCUACAAGUUCACGAUGCGGGCGCCGGCGCCGGACGCCGGAAGGAUCCCCCAGGGCGACGUUGUGGGGGUGACCGCGCUGCUGCUGACCUGCUCUUACCAGGGCAAGGAGUUUGUGCGCGUGGGCUACUACGUUAACACAGAGUACGCGGACCCUGCCCUCAUUGAGGCCCCGCCUGAGAAGCCGCUGCUGGAGAAGCUGCAGCGCAACAUCAUGGCGGACCACCCCAGGGUGACCAAGUUCCACCACGACUUUGACAAUGAGCCCGCCCCCGCCCCCCAGCCUGUCGAGGGUGACGUCAUGGGCGACGACGAUGACGGCAUGGCUCUGGACGAGAUGGGCGCCGACGACGACGACGAGGAGGAGGACGAGGCGUCGGCGGAUGAGGAGGUCAUGGAUGACUGA